AUGGCUAGCGCACACGCAUCCAACUAUCCUCAUGACGACCUACGCGACGAUGAAUCGAUCCUUGAUGAUGAUGUGAUUGAGGCUGAUGAUGCCAUCGAAGCCGACGACCCUCUACACCAAGACACGUCGGAUACUGCUCCGUUACGAGGCAACAUUCAGCCCGAACCCUCAUCUUCCCGAGGCGGGGGAUCCGGAGGCGGCGGUUUCUCCAGCAACUACCUGACCUCUUCGAUUCCCGGAGAAGACCGCCGCGCGACGCAGAACACCAUCGAUGAGACGGUCUGGCAGACCCUUUCGCGCGACCUCACAGCCGUGUGGGAGAAGAUGCGCCAGGUCCUGUGGCCGAAAUACCUGAUGGGGGGAAUGUUACAGCGUGGUGGUGGUGGCAUCGGAGCCGCUGAACGGGGCGAGGCGACUGGGUUUGGUGGAGGAUUGAGACACCUUGUGGGACGGUGGCCGGAUGCUGAUGUCGUCUUGCAAGGUGGGAUGAGCGAGGGAUUGCGGGAUUGGGACCUUUGGGGUCCGCUUAUCUUUUGCUUGCUCCUGAGUAUGUUCCUAUCGAUGCGUGCAAAGGGUGAACAAGCGUCGUUGGUAUUUUCCGGUGUCUUCUGCAUUGUGUGGAUUGGUGAAGCUGUGGUUACGCUGCAGAUCAAAUUACUAGGUGGCAAUAUUUCGUUCUUCCAAUCGGUCUGCAUCAUCGGCUACACGCUCUUCCCUCUUGUUAUCGCCGCUCUCCUCAGUGCCAUGGGCCUCCCUACCAUUGCGCGAAUACCUGUAUAUCUCGUCCUAAUCGCAUGGUCUCUGGCAGCGGGUGUCAGUAUCCUCGGAGGCUCGGGCGUCGUAAAGAACCGGGUCGGCAUUGCGGUCUACCCGCUGUUCGUGUUCUAUAUUGCGAUUGGAUGCCUUUGCUUCAUUAGUUAG